AUGUAUCUCUGGAAGCAGCUUGUGCUGGCGGUACUUCCGUCAUCACUGCCGUUGGGCCUUGCACAAAAUGUCAUUGAUCUUAGUGGUGAUGGAUGGACUGUCAGUAGCGAUGCGCUGAACAUCAGUGUCCCUGGUCGUGUUCCGUCGCAGGCGCAUUUGGAUCUUUUUGCUGCUGGUGUUAUUGAUGACCCAUACCAUGGCUUGAAUGACUUCAACUUGCGUUGGAUCGCCAACAACAAUUGGACUUACACUAGUAAACCGAUCGCGGGCUUGUCAACCGACUCGACAAAAUCCUGGCUCGUUUUCAAUGGACUUGAUACCUUCACAACAAUUGAAUUCUGUGGUAAACACAUAGCCACGACGGAUAAUCAAUUCCGGCAAUACACCUUUGACAUUUCCGAUGCAUUAAAGAGUUGCAAAGGAUCUCCAACUGUGUCGCUGAAUUUCGGGAGCUGCCCCAAGAUUGCAAAUGCGAUUGCUGCUGAUCCAACUUCACAACAUUGGCCCUCUGGUAUUCAAGGAACUUUUGAAUUCCCAAAUCGCUGGUACAUACGUAAAGAACAAUCUGACUUUGGAUGGGAUUGGGGUCCAGCCUUUUCGCCUGUUGGGCCAUGGCAGAACGUCUAUCUAGUGCAGUCCGAGGCCGAGGAAAGUGCAUAUGUUCUGAACACAGGAUUCGACAUCUACCGGAAAGGCCAGAUCAAUCACAUUGCGCCCGAUCAGACUCAGCCCUGGAUUGUGAAUGCCAGCAUUGAUUACAUCGGCUCUCUGCCCAGUAAACCAUUGAUGGAGAUUGAGAUCAAGGAACUUGAGUCAGGCAAAGUGCUGAAGACCGGCUCGCUAGAUAACGUUGUUGUGUCUGGUCAAGCCAUUACAGGUCAAACGACCGUUGACGCCGAUGCGCCACAACUCUGGUGGCCCACUGGAAUGGGCAAACAAAGCUUAUACAACAUCACGGUGAGAAUCCAGGACAAGGACAAGAACCUCGCGAGCGUUACCAAACGCACUGGUUUCCGUACGAUUUUUCUGAACCGCUCCAAUAUCACCGAAGAGCAGAGAUCUCAAGGAAUUGCACCGGGAGCCAAUUGGCAUUUCGAGGUAAAUGGUCAUGAAUUCUACGCCAAGGGCUCGAAUCUCAUCCCACCGGAUGCUUUUUGGCCAAGAGUCACAGAGGCAAAGAUGCAGCGACUAUUUGAUGCGGUAGUUGCUGGAAAUCAGAAUAUGCUCCGAGUGUGGUCUUCCAGCGCUUAUCUUCCGGACUUUAUGUACGAUCUUGCCGACGAACGCGGAGUUCUGCUUUGGAGUGAGUUCCAAUUCAGUGAUGCGUUGUAUCCGACAGAUCAACCAUUCCUUGACACUGUUGCUGCGGAGGUCGUUUAUAAUGUCAGACGAGUCAACCAUCAUCCAUCCUUGGCCUUGUGGGCAGGUGGAAAUGAGAUUGAAAGCUUGGAACUACCAACUGCCAAACAGAAGGCGCCUGAAUCAUAUGACUACCUGGUUGGGGAUUACGAAACUUUGUUUAUUCGUCUGAUUUUGCCUCUGGUCUACGAAAACUCGCGAUCGAUCUCAUACAUGCCAAGCAGUACGAACAAUGGUUUCCUCGAGGUCGAUCUGUCGGCCGCAAUUCCCAUGGUCGAGCGCUAUGACAACGGAACAGAUCAAGAAGGAUAUUACUACGGUGAUACCGAUUAUUACAACUAUGAUAGCAGCGUGGCAUUCGACUUCGAUGGCUACCCAGUCGGCCGCUUUGCGAACGAAUUUGGAUAUCAUAGCAUGCCGAGUCUCCAAACCUGGCAGCAAGCGGUAGACGAUAAAGACCUUCAUUUCAACAGCAGCACUAUUCAGCUUCGAAACCAUCACUAUCCUUCCAACAGCCCCGACACCCACAACUUCAAGAACUCAUCCAUGGGAAUGGCCGAGAUGACCCUCGCAGUGGAGAGAUACUACCCGAUUCCGAACAAGGAUAAUUCCAUCGCAAACUUCAGCGCCUGGUGCCACGCGACACAGCUCUUCCAGGCAGACAUGUACAAGUCAGAGAUCCAAUUCUACCGCCGCGGCAGCGGAAUGCCAGAGCGCCAGCUCGGGUCCCUAUACUGGCAACUCGAAGAUAUCUGGCAGGCCCCGACCUGGGCUGGAAUCGAGUACGACGGCCGCUGGAAAGUUCUCCACUAUGUCGCGCGCGACAUUUUCAAACCCGUCAUUAUCUCUCCAUUCUGGAACUCGUCAAACGGCGACCUCUCGAUCUACGUGACUUCAGACCUCUGGGAGACAGCGCAUGGCACCGUGAGUCUUACAUGGACAGACCUAUCUGGCAAACCUCUCGCCGAUAACGCGGGCACCCCCAAGACUAAGAGUUUCUCUGUUGGCGCACUCAAUACCACCAGUAUCUACGCCAUCAACGUGUCGAAGCUUUCCCUUUCCAAUAUGCAGGAUGCUGUGCUGGUCAUUGAUCUCACUGCCAAAGGUCAUUUGCCGAAUCAAGAAAGCAAGUCUGCUACUAUUCUCACCCAUCGCAACCAAUUCACACCAGUCUUUUCCAAGGAUCUAAAGCUCAAAGACCCCCAACUCCAGCUUUCCCAUGAUUCUAAGACAGGCAUAUUCACUGUUGAAGCUAAGAGCGCUGUUUCGUUGUAUACCUGGCUUGACUACCCCGCUGGGGUUGUAGGGUACUUCGAAGACAACUCGUUCACACUGGUUCCGGGUGAGAAACGCGCUCUGCGAUUUAUUGUGCAGAAGGAUGAGACCGGUGGGAAGUGGGCUGAUGGUGUCACCGUGCGCAGCUUGUGGGAUCAGACCACGAGGAACUGA